CUGAUAGAUGUUCCCAGGUGCAGACAAGAAAAUUUGUGCUCAAACCAGGUAUUGACCCCCAACCCAGUAAUGGCCAACAUGGUGAAGACCAUCUGGCAAUUCAAAGAAAUAAAUGAAGCCGGAGACACACCAACAGGAAUUGAGAGUCAGGCUCAGGGCAGCAAGGAGGAGUUUGGAAAGUCUACUAGCAUCCCCCAAAAGAAGAAAACCACCCCUUUCCAUGGAGUUGAGCCCCAUAUUACCAGUGAAAGCCCUAAUCUGAACUUGAAGCGUUCUUCUGCUUGUACUAAUGUUUCUCUCCUGAAUCUAACUGAUGAGGAACAUGAUGAUUCCACCAGUGAGAAUGAAUCCACAGAUGAUGAAGGCCUGCCAUGGGGAGCAGGAGAUGAAAGAAGGGAUCCUAUGCUUCCCAUCAAGCCAGCUUGGUCAGAAGAUGAAGAUGAUACUUCUAGCCAACAGGAGAAACUGCGUAACUUACAGCAACAGGUUCAAAUAGAAGACUUUCGUUGGAAAUGCAUGCUGGAGUUGGCCCAGAAGGAGGUGCUGCGGCUAUUGGCCCAGUUGGGAGUACACUUGGAGGGAGUGCUUCCCCAGAAUGAAAGGACACAAGUGGAACAAAGCCAAGCACUCAGGAUGCUGAGGGAAGAACUGGAUGAAGUCUCAGCCACGGCAAAGCGAGCAUCAGUAUCUCUGACUCAGCUCCGUGUAGACCUGGAUGGGCUCUGGCAAGUGAAUCCACUCCUGGAAGAUGUAUCCCAGUAUCUUGGAACACUCAAGAACAUAGAAACAUUUAGUUGGCCUCCUCCUACUUGUGCUAGAUGUUCCAGCUACAGCAUUGCGAAUACAGAGGUGCUGCAAAAGAUGUUUGAGCAUGCAACAGCACCAAUUUUGAAGGAGCUGAAGCAGCAGGCCCAAUCAGAAGGUGUAUGCCCCAGCUGCCAGCAUUUGUAGAAGACUACGAUACAGUGAGGCACAGAGUAUUGACUAAGCCCAGACUUUCCUGCCCCCAAUAAAAAGAUUUCAGAGUGCA